UUUUCCUCUCCAGCGUAGACCGACCCCUCUGACUGCAACAUGCGGGCUGCUGUGCUUCUCCUGCUGGUGGCUGUAGCCAGCGCCAAAGUGUACGACCACUGUGAGCUGGCCAAGACUCUUAAGGCUGCUGGAAUGGAUGGCUACCGUGGAGUUAGCUUGGCUGACUGGGUCUGUCUGUCCAGAUGGGAAUCAAGCUACAACACCCAGGCAACCAACGUCAACACAGAUGGCUCCACUGACUACGGCAUCUUCCAGAUCAACAGCAAGUGGUGGUGCAAUGACGGGAAAACCCCAAGGGCAAAGAAUGCCUGCAACAUCAACUGUUCUGCUCUGCUGACUGAUAACAUCCAGACAGCCAUCACAUGUGCCAAGCGUGUGGUCAGAGACCCUAAUGGAAUCCGUGCCUGGGUGGCUUGGCGUAAUCACUGCCAGGGUCAAGAUCUCACCCAGUACCUUGCAGGCUGUAGAUUAUAGUUCACAUCACAUUCCAAUAAUGUUUGCUUGUUGUUUUAUAUACAUGUACUCACCAAAUUCUUUUAAUGAAAUUAAAGGUUUUGAAUUCUC